AAGGUGGAAACAGGUCAAAAAAAUGAUAGGUUUCUUUUGAUUUUUUUUUUGUUUAUCUGCUUUAUCGGCGAAGAGGUGUUGUGUGUUUUUGCAGUCUGAAAACAAGUUUUGUAUUCUUACAUUCUGUGCUUUGGUUAUUUUUUUUUGUCCCAAAUACGUACAUCGAAAUUGUGUCAAGUGUCAAAAUUUUCGCAUAUUCUUUAAGCGAUUUUAAAAGAAAAGGAAUUUAAAGGCGACGUUUCGCCUGGGGUUUUAUUUCUAUGGAGGGCGGAUCUUUCAGAUACCAAAGACGUCGUUAGACAAACAGUUUAAUGCUGAAAGCCGAAUUGCCGUAAUAAAAACAAUGUCGGGGUUGAACUGCAAGAAUAUACUGGAUUUUUUUCGACAAAAAGACGACGAGCGCAACCUCGUCUCGUCUAUGUUGCACAUGUUUUCGAUCACGCUUAUCAGCAUGUCUCUGGUGGAUUUAACCUGGUUUUCAAUCAGUGGCAAUUUUUGCGUGCCCUACUUAACGCUCGGGCAAUUUUUUUGGUUUGGUUUCACCAAUAGAGGCAUUAACUAUGAAGAAUAUGACUGUUUAACUCCAUCAGUGGUGAAUCUGAUGCGAAUCAUAAUCCUACUGUGCUUUAUGGCCAUGAUUUUCUCACUAGUGGGGUUUUAUUUGGACUUGGUGGCUCCUAAAACUGAAAUAUACAGAUUAUCAAGAAAAUAUUCUGGAGCUAGUGUAUCCACAAUUCUGUUUAUAAUGACAAUAGUAAUGAUGUCCUACUAUGUCGUAAUAAUUCUCCAAGAUUCUAUAAGGGACAAAUAUCCAAACAGUGAUUUUGAUGUGUCUUAUGGCUUGGGGUUCUACCUGUUGGCUCUGGCUGGUGGUCUGCAAGCUCUGAAUUUGCUCUACACUCUGCUCUUACCUUAUAAAUCUUCCUAUCAGGACGAUGAUAGGUGUCUGAUUGAUGGGUUUGAUGACAUGGAUAAUUUUGAUAGUCCCACGCCUCCCCCACCCUAUUCCAUGCCACCUCCGCCAUACACACCUUGAUAGUUUAGC